AUGGCUCAGAAUUGCUUAAUCAAUGUUCUUGAAGAUAGCCAUGUUUCUCCACCACCAGGCUCUGUUCCUACAACCUCAAUCCCUCUUACUUUCUUUGACACCAUGUGGGUUUCUUGUUGCCAUAUGCAACGCCUUUUCUUCUAUGAAUUCCCAUAUCCAACUUCCCAUUUCAUGCAAAACUCGCUCCCCAACCUCAAAAACUCACUAUCCCUUGCUCUGCAACAUUUCUUCCCUUUUGCAGGUAAUCUCAAGUGGCCCCCCCGUCCUCAAAGGCCUUAUAUUCAGUAUACAGACGGUGAUUCUGUCCUCUUUGUUGUCACUGAAUCCACAGCAGAGUUUAAGCAUCUCACAGGCAACGGUCAGAUUCCACGACGUGGUCACGAAUUAGAAGAUCUCGUCCCGAAGUUGGCACCGCCAAGUAUGUGCUCUGAUGGCGACAGUUUUUGCAAGCAGCAGCCUCUGAUGGCUAUCCAAGUCAGUAUCUUUCCUUAUGUUGGAAUUUCAAUCGGUGUUACCUUUUGUCAUGUUGCAGCUGAUGGGAAGGCUUUUGGUCAUUUCACCAAGUCAUGGGCAUCUAUUUGUAGGUCAGAAGGGGACUUAACUUUUGUUGACAAUUACCCACCUGAUUACAGCAGGGAUUUGAUUCAAGAUCCUAGAGGUAUUUGGUCCAUUUUUCUCAAGGAAAUGUCUAAUGCAGAGACUUCGACAAGAAUGAAUCGAAAUGACAAUGUUCGAAUCACGCCUGUAAUCAGCAAAACCCAAGUUGAGAUGUUGAAAAAAUGGAUUGCAAGAAAGUUUGUGGAAGAAAAUGAGAAGCAGGAUCCACCAAGAUUGUCAACAUUUGUGGUAACCACUGCUGUCAUGUGGGUUUGUUUGAUCAAAUUGCAUCUAAGUAAAAAAACUCCUGAUAAUGGGAUUUGCCGAUUCCUUUUUCCAGCUGAUUGUAGAGACCGGCUGAGAUUACCCAAAACUUAUUUUGGAAACUGCCUAACGCCAUGUAUUGCAACAGCCAGAAGAAAUGAACUAACUGGAGAAAAUGGGAUUUUUGUGGCUGCAAACGCCAUUGGAAGAGAAAUUCAGGAAUUCGAGAAAGAACCAUUGAAAGGGAUAGAGAAUUGGAUUUCAAGUGCAAAGGAAGUGCUCAAAGAAUGCGAGCACCUUGUAUCACUUGCCGGAUCACCAAAACUGAGAGUUUACGAAACAGAAUUUGGUUUCGGGCGACCAACAAAGAGUGAAGUCGUUCAUAUUGGUUCCCGUGGAUCGAUUUCAAUUUCUGAGAGUAGGGAUGGCGAAGGUGCUGUCGAAUUUGGCUUAUCACUUGCUCCCUAUGAAUUUCACAAAUUCAAUGCUAUUUUUGAGCAAUUUCCUUUUAAUUGAGAUUGUUCGAGCAUGAUCCUUAAUCAUUAGACUUUAAAUUAAGAAUCUAAUACCAACCAACUACAUAGCUGCC